UACAUGGACUCAGACGCACAGCUUCUUUGUGCUAAUGGGUGGUUUCAUGCUUUAUGUGGAUGGGAAACCCUGCCUUACCCUACGCCCUGAUCACAUUCUCAAAUUAAUACACGACGGGUGUAUCGACGUCCCUACCCUAACGAAAAACCAGAUCCAAGACAAGAGCAAAGGUAAUGCGAUAUCGAAAGGGUUGGUCGUGUUUCAGGUGGCCUGGUUUGUCAUCCAGCUCAUCACCCGCGCCAUCUAUCACCUCGAAACCACGCAGCUUGAAGUGGGGACACUUGCUUUUGCAGUUCUCAAUUUCCUAACUUAUGCUGUGUGGUGGGACAAGCCUCUUAACGUGCAAUGCCCACAUCCAGUGCACUGGAAAUCGAUUGAGUCAAAGCCAGAGGAUCACAUUGAUGUCAGCGACAGAGACGAAUUCACUCGGCUUCGGAUCUUGCGUCGAGUCUUCCGCCCAGUUGUAGAGUUAAUAGGCUGGGCUGAAAUCCCCACAUCUCGAAAGCUCCGAGUUCCAACAUUUGAUGGUAGCAUCGAACUCGAAGAUUCGGAUAACAUGGUUCUUCGGCUCGCUGGAUUGCUUAUAGCCACCAUCUUUGGCGGCAUCCAUUGUAUGGCUUGGUUUUUUGCUUUCCCUGCGUGUCAGGAACAGGCGCUAUGGCGCAUGAGCGCCAUCGCUAUAACUUGCACACCCUGGCUUAGUAUCCUUACGGUAUUACUCUUUAACGUCCUGGACGCACGAGAUGCGUGCUUCGACGCGGUUUAUGCAUUGUUUGUUAUGUUGUACAUUACAGCUCGUGCUGUCCUCUUGGUACUUAUGUUCACCACCUUACGCGAUCUUCCUCCUGACGUAUACAAGGCCGUGUCUUGGACUAGUUUGGUGCCGCACUUGUAGCUUGUGAUCACAACAC